CAGCAGCAGCAGCACUGACUGAGAGCAACAGAACAGAGAACAAGGAAGCAACAUGUGCUGACAAUAAUAACUCCAACACAUCAGCACAGACGAGCCACGAGACGAGAGAGACGACACGCACCGACUGCUGGGUAUUUUACAGACUGGACGCAUUAUAUUCCAACAUGAAAAGAGAGGUGGAGGCUGGAGUCAGCUUCCUCAAACGCCUGGCUGUGGCACAUGGCAAGCUCAGUGAGGCCAAAGCAGAAUUGUUUUCUGAGAAGCUACAGAAACUUUUAUCUGACAAAUAUGACGACCACUGGUACCCUGACUGCCCCAGCAAAGGCCAGGCAUACAGGUGUAUCCGGAUAAACAACGGAGCACCUUGCGAUGAGUCAAUCCUGAGGGCAUGUGAGGAGAGUGAGCUCACACCCAAGGAACUAGGCCUCCCGCGUGAGAUCACUCUGUGGAUCGACCCACUGGAGGUGUGUGCGAGAUCCGCAGAGAACGGCAGGCCCUUCACAGUAGCCUGUUUCGAAAAGGAGGCUGCGGAGGGAAAACGGGCCGACACUUCGGUGGACUCGAUAAAUCUGGACACGUCAGACUACCACUCUGCUACCUCUUCGGAUUGCGGUUCCACUGCGUCGAGCGACACGGAGGAGGAGGCUAAAGAUGGCGAGACGGAGGGACAGCAAGAAAAAGAAAAGAAGCAGGACGUCAAGAUAAAGGAGGAGGCAGAAGGCGACACUUACGCGAUAGCAAUGGUGCCCAGGAUUCGGAAGCGUCGGGCAGACGGACCAAAUAAGAUCAAAUACGUCAGAAAUAUGCUCCCCGCCAGCCUCCAGUACUUCUACCACCCUGCACCAGUUUGGCCUCAGUACAAGAAGGGCGCUCCAGUGUUUCUCAACGCAGUGUGCGCGCCUCCGCCGCCGCCACCUCCGCCCCAGCAGGUAUUUGGCUACUACAUCUUGCCGCAGCCGUCUCCGCAGUUCAUUCUGCCUCAGGCCACUCUGCAGCCGUGGGGAGCUGUGAAGGGGUAGACCGUCCAGGAAGAGCGGGGUGAAGGCGGACAGAGCGUUACAAGCUCCUUCAAUUGAGCCAUGUCGUGUCAGUUCUCUGAGUUCAGCUAAACUUGGGCCAAAAAAUAACUUUUUUAACUGUAUAGCUCAAAGUUGUUCCUUGUACAACCUGUAAUGAUUCCUCUUUCCUUUUCAUUUCCGGUGAUUUGUAAUCGAUGGCUUAUACUCGGCACAGAGAUGCCACUGAAGUCUGCACUGCUAAUUUUUUUUUUACGUACUGUACACAUUAAGUAUGACUUCAAUCACUGGGUGCUUGGAUUAACUCAGGAACUCUCAGCAAUAUUCUUAAUACCAAAUAAUUGUCUUUUCGGGUGUUGUUACUGUUAUUAUGUCAAUCUUUGUUAGUUCUCUUUAUGGUCCACAGUGUGUACGUCACACUUAAUCGAUGUAUAAUGUGAUUCAGGGGUUUAAUCUAUUGUAGCUAGAGUGACAAUAUCUGUAUAUUAAGAAGACUAUUUUUACUAAACUGCUUGUAAAUAACACAGCACUUGGAUACCAUGGACUGGAGCACACUUUUCUAAUCUCACUGUCUUUUUGUCGUAAUUUAUUUGGCCACCAGUGGAUGGCGCUCAACUCAUAGCUAACACAUGAAAUUGUAUAUUUUUGUAUGAACAGUGGCUGCUGUAUUUUGCAAAAUCUUAAUUUCACAGAACACAAACAUGAUUUUUUAAAUAGCUUAAACUUUUCUCUGCUUGUCAGUACGUACAGUGUAUAGAUAUUCAGGUGUAUCUGUUUAAUGGUCUGCUUAACGCUGUGUGUUUUUAAAGUUUUUAUUGUAGAUAACUUUCCUUGCUACAGCUAUAUAAAUCCUGAAUACACGUUUUACUCACUGGACUCUUAUGUACUGUGAUUAUUGAAUUAUAUUUAUGCAUAUUUAUUCUUCUUAUUGCAGAGGAUUAAAUCCACUCACACAUGAAAUUAUAAAUUGUGUUCUUUUGCUUAUUUCUAUAAUCAACACUUUUCAGUGCAGAGGUUGGCGCUGUAUAUACUGUAUGUGUUUUCUCUCAUAAAAACAAUUUGACUUGACCUAGAAAA